AUUUCCUCAAAGCGGUUCUCACUUUUGACUGUUAAUUUGCCAACAACCCAUCUAUAAGUGUGUUAACAAUGAAGUUUACGGUUUUUUCGUGUUUUAUUUGUUUGUUUUCAGUUUAUUUCCGGUGUGGAUUUGCGAGAUUUGUGCUUCCCCCCGUGCCCGAUGUUAUCUAUCCACCGGUGCCUGAUAUUGUCGCCAAGAUGAAUGAUACACAUCUAGAAGAGGAACAUAUGGACCCGGAACUAUCACCAGGACUUUUCCAAGGAGAUAUGGCACUCACCAACGAAUUCUAUAAUUACUGGAGGGUUGGACUGAAAUUUGAAAUAUUUCCUGAUAAAUUGUGGAGAAAUGGAAUUGUCCCUUACACAAUUAGUCCGUUAUAUGAACCAUCUGAACAAGUUACCAUUUUAAAAGCCAUAAAAAUCAUAAACUUUAUGACGUGUAUAAAGUUCGUACCGUGGGACGGAAGAAGUAAGGAUUAUCUUCUAAUUUGGCCCAUGAAGUAUCCCAAAGGGUGUUGGUCCUUUGUAGGACGCUUUGGUGGAGCGCAAAUUUUGAGUCUUCAGCCACCAGACAGAAAAGGUGUCAACUGUCUUGGAACUGAGGGUAGGGCUAUCCACGAGUUAAUGCAUGCCUUGGGAGUGUUUCACGAACAGAGUAGGUGGGAUAGGGACAAAUUCGUCAAGAUACACACUGAUAAUAUUAUACCUCAUUACAAAGCAAAUUUUGAUAAACAGAGUUUAGAGAACACGACAUACAGCUUCGAAUACGACUAUGACUCCAUCAUGCACUAUGGAAAAUUCUUCUUUGCCAAGAAGAAAGGAAGGCCAACCAUUACAACCAAGCAGCCACAUGGCGCCGGUAUAGGUCAAAGGAAAGCCAUGUCCAAGGGGGAUUGUCUAAAAUUAAAUGAUUUAUACGGAUGCUACAAAGAUCCUUCAAAAAGGAGGAAAUAUUAUAAUAUUUGUAAUUUCUUAGGUGUAUAAAUCCACUAGUGGUUCUAAACUGAAG